AUGUGCCACGAUCGGGAGUGCACGCGGAGCAAGUGGGCUGGAUACGUGCCGGAUGUUGCGGGGACGGGCGGCGCGGGGAGCGGCCCGUGGGUGCCUGGGAUUGGGUGCCUCAAAAGUCGCCUCAAGAGGCGCCUCAAAAGCAGUGCUGCAGGCGUGACUCUCAAAUUUGCUCCCUCCCCUCCCUCUCCUCCCUCUCCACUCUCUCCUCCCUCUCCUCCCCGCCACCCGCCUCAGGCCAUGCUGAAUGCGUCUCUGGGCGUUGUGACAUCCACAGCAGCAGCCGCCGCUGGUGCAGGCGUGACGGUGACUGUGUCUUACAGCAUUCUUGUCUUUCCAAUUGACACCACCACCGACCCCACUGCCAGUGCCUCUGCUGGCACUGGAAGCAUUGGAAGCACUACUGCUGCGGUUACAGGCAGCAGCACCGCGGCCGGCUCAUUAGGUGACAGCACAGGCUCAACAGUUGCGCUGAGAAAGCAGUUACCCCAACCCGCUACACCUGCCCGAUGGUUCUUAACCGGCCCUGAUGCCCGCGCUGCCGCCGCUGCUGCUGCUGCCACUGGCAGUUCGAGCGCAGCUUCUGCGUCUGCCAUGUCAGCUUCCAAGUCAGCUGCCACAUCAGCUUCGAAAUCAGCGUCCACAUCAGCAGCAACGUCAAAGUUUGCGGCAGCAGCGACAGGGACAGCAGCAGGGGGUGCGGUGAAUGGCGGUGUGCCGUCUGGCACGCCGCAGUGCCAGGAGGGGCCGUAUGUGAGCGCUGCCUUGAUCCCUCUCGGCAAGUGCAAAGUGAAAGCCACAGCUACUUCGAAGGUUCCGUACCUACUCUUUAUCGGCGGUGGUGAACGCCACGGUGGACAUUCAGGAAGUGCCGUCCCCGAAUGGCACCGCCAUGCAGCCCGUGGGCCCCCUAACGACCCUCCCGGUUCGGGGCAAACUUCAGGUUCGGGAGGUGGGCCUGCAGGUUCUUCAGGAGGUUCCGGAGGUUCGGGAGGUGGUUCGGCAGGCUCGGCAGGGGGACCUGGUGGUUCGGGAGGGAAGGGGCAGAGCAAGCCUCAAAAGCCCUCGUCUCCUCCCUCGUCCGCAUCUCCCUCCCUCCCUUCUCCUCCUCACUCUACUCCCCCCUCCCCUCCGAAAGAAGAGGAUGCGGAAGCGGAGACGCAGCUGCAGCAGCAGGAGCAAAGGAUACUGGAGUGGCAUCGGCAGCAGCGGGAGAAGCAGAAGGAGAAUCCGCAGGUGCUGGCGAUGGCCAUGGCGGACCAAGCUGCAGCCAAGUUCCCCUCUUACACGCCCUACUGCUCUGCUGGGCCGUAUGUCACGGCUGUGCUGAUACCAUUGGGGAACUGCCGCGCUGUCCCACGAGGCAACAACGCCAGGAUCGUCAGGGCCGGCAAUUCUCGUUUUAUCCGCCUGGACCUUGGGCGACCAGUGCGGGGCUGCCAGCGCUCGUACCGCUUCCAAUUGGUCAACUUCCGGGGGCGGGUGGUGCGCGGCCCUGUCACUCUCCGUGUGUGCCGCGCUGGCAAGCCCGGAGCUGCCACCUGUGGCCCCGUUACAGUCACAUCCGCAGUGCCCAGCUGCUAA